GGUGACCAGCCCAGGGUCACACAGCCACAGCCUCAGAGCUAGGAGCUGCUGGCUCCCUUCCAGCCCAGGAAAAGCAAUGAUUCAUGACUCCUAGCCAACUAGGGGCGGAGCAGAGGUGGAGCUGGGGAGACCGAGGUGGCCUCUCUGAGCACCACAGCACAGGUGGCAGAGUGGCCCAGAGCAGCAUGAAGCAGAGCUGGGGACCAGGGCUGCUCAUCCUGGGAGCACUGGUCUUCAUAGAGGGUCUUCAGACAGCUCAGCAUGCCUGUGGGCAGCGUGGCCCUGGUCCCCCUGAACCUCAGGAGGGCAACACGACACCUGGAGAGUGGCCCUGGCAGGCCAGCGUGAGGAGGCAGGGAGUCCACAUCUGCAGUGGCUCCCUGGUGGCAGACACCUGGGUUCUCACUGCUGCCCACUGCUUUGAAAAGGAGGCAGCAACAGAACUGAACUCCUGGUCAGUUGUCCUGGGUUCUCUGCAGCGUGAAGGGCUGAGCACAGGGGCUGAGGAGAGAGGGGUGGCUGCCCUGCAGUUGCCCAGGGCCUAUAAUCACUACAGCCAGGGCUCUGACUUGGCUCUGCUGCAGCUUGCCCACCCAGCGGCCCACACACCCCUCUGUCUGCCCCAAUCUACACAUCACUUCCCCUUUGGAAGCUCCUGCUGGGCCACUGGCUGGGAUCAGGACACAAGUGAUGGUAAGUGCUAUCCCAGACUGAAGCCCAGAGAGGCAUUCUGAAAGACAGUUUCAGCUCCCAACUGUCCCGGCUUCCAGUCUCCCUUGCUUCCCAGAGCCCAGACUCCAACCCCAACCCCAUCUCUUUUGCCAGCUCCUGGGACCCUCAGGAAUCUGCGCCUGCGUCUAAUCAGCCGCCCCACAUGUAACUGUCUCUACAACCGGCUACACCAGCGGCUGCUGUCCAGCCCGGCCCGGCCUGGGAUGCUGUGUGGGGGUGCCCAGCCCGGGGUGCAGGGGCCCUGUCAGGGAGAUUCCGGGGGCCCUGUGCUGUGCCGAGAGCCUGACGGACACUGGGUUCAGGCUGGGAUCAUCAGCUUCGCAACAAGUUGUGCCCAGGAGGACACUCCUGUGCUGCUGACCAACAUGGCUGCUCACAGCUCCUGGCUGCAGCCUCGAGCUCACGGGGCAGCCUUUCUGGCUCAGAACCCAGAGACCCUGGGGACCAGUGAUGAGGACAGCUGUAUAGCCUGUGGAUCCUUGAAGGGAGGUCCCCAGGCAGGAGCCCCUUCCCUGUGGCCCUGGGAGGCCAGGCUGAAGCACCAGGGGCGGCUAGCCUGUGGCGGAGCCCUGGUGUCAGAGGAGGCGGUUCUGGCUGCUGCCCACUGCUUCAUCGGGCGCCAGAGCCCAGAGGAAUGGAGCGUAGGGCUGGGGUCUGGACCAGAGGAGUGGGGCCUGAAGCAGCUCAUCCUGCAUGGAGCCUACACCCACCCAGAGGGGGGCUACGAUGUGGCCCUCCUAUUGCUGGCCCAGCCUGUGACACUGGGCCCCAGCCUGCGGCCCCUCUGCCUGCCCUACGCUGAUCACCACCUGCCUGAUGGGGAACACGGCUGGGUCCUGGGGCUGGCCCACCAAGGAGCAGGCAUCAGCUCCCCCCAGACAGUGCCUGUGACCCUCCUGGGGCCUAAGGCCUGCAACCAGCUGCAUGCAACCCCCGGGAGUGACAGCAUCCCCAUUCUGCCAGGGAUGGUGUGUACCAGUGCUGUGGGUGAGCUGCCCCACUGUGAGAGCCUUUCUGGGGCACCACUGGUGCAUGAGGUGAGGGGCAUGUGGUUCCUGGCUGGGAUACACAGCUUUGGAGAUGCCUGCCAAGGCCCAGCAAGACCUGCAGUCUUCACAGCGCUCCCCACCUAUGAGGACUGGGUCAGCAGUUUGGACUGGCAGGUCUACUUUGCCGAGGAGCCUGAGCCUGAGCCCGAUCCUGAGCCCGAAAGCUGCCUGGCCAACAUGAGCCAACCAGCCAGCUGUUAACAGGUGACCCAGGCUGUUCGCAGGACAUGGAACACAGUCAAUUCCCACUGCCCCUGCCCCCACCCAUGUGUGGUUGCAGGCACUGGGACAGGCUCAACAGCCUAGCGGGACCUAGCCAGCACAGGACCAGCAGAUGCCCCAUACCCCCCUGCAGGACAGGGGUGUCACUCGCCUGUGACUGUCCCCACACCCAGCUCUGCUCUCCAAUGCAGGCAUCCCCAGCUUUCCCUAUCCUUCAUCCUCUCAGAUAUAACCACACCAGCCACCUGUUUUGAAAAUUUCUUUUUAUGGGGGCAGCGAUUUUCCUUUUUUUAAAACUUAAAUAAAUUGUUACAAAAUAGACUUUAGAAAAUAAGUUACAAAUUGUAGCAAAAGGCUCCCUUUCCACAGGCAACAUUCCCACCCAUGGCCUC